AUAAGAAUAUACUAAAGAUGUCUUAUAAUAGUGAUAAUCGUGGAGGUUACGACCGUGGUGGAUAUGUCAACAAUAACCGUGGAGCUGACAGAAGUUAUGGUGAAAGAGGUUACGGAGGUAACGGUGGUAGAUUUGAUAGAAAUGGUGGUAAUGGUGGUAGUCGUGGAUUUGGUGGUGGUCGUGGUGGAUUCGGUGGUCGUGGAGGUUUCCAACAACAAAGAAAUGAAUUGGUUGCUCCAAAUUGGGAUUUAGAAACUUUACCAGUCUUUGAAAAGAACUUUUAUGAAGAACAUCCAGAUGUUAAGAAUCGUUCUGAUGCUGAUAUUGCUGCUUUCAGAAGAAAGAAUGAAAUGAGUAUUAUUGGUGAAGAUAUUCCUCACCCAAUUACCACUUUUGAAGAAGCUGGUUUCCCAGAUUAUGUUUUAACUGAAUUAACUGCUCAAGGUUUCCCAUCUCCAACUGCUAUUCAAUGUCAAGGUUGGCCAAUGGCUUUAAGUGGUAGAGAUAUGGUUGGUAUUGCUGCCACUGGUUCAGGUAAAACUUUAUCUUAUUGUUUACCAGGUAUUGUCCAUAUUAAUGCUCAACCUUUAUUAAGUCAAGGUGAUGGUCCAAUUGUUUUAGUUUUAGCUCCUACCAGAGAAUUAGCUGUUCAAAUUGAACAAGAAUGUUCUAAAUUUGGUAAAUCAUCAAGAAUUAGAAAUACUUGUGUUUAUGGUGGUGCUCCAAAGGGUGAACAAAUUAGAGCUUUAGCCAGAGGUGUUGAAAUUUGUAUUGCCACUCCAGGUAGAUUAAUUGAUAUGUUAGAAAUGGGUAAGACUAACUUGAAGAGAGUUACUUACUUAGUUUUGGAUGAAGCCGAUAGAAUGUUAGAUAUGGGUUUUGAACCUCAAAUUAGAAAGAUUGUUGAUCAAAUUAGACCUGAUCGUCAAACUUUAAUGUGGUCUGCUACUUGGCCAAAGGAAGUUCAAGCUUUAGCUAAUGAUUAUUUAGUUGAUCCAAUUCAAGUUACUAUUGGUUCUUUAGAAUUGGCUGCAUCUCACACCAUUACUCAAUUAGUUGAAGUUAUCACUGAAUAUGAAAAACGUGACAGAUUAGUUAAACAUUUAGAAUCAGCUACUGCUGAUCAAGCCGCUAAAGUUUUAGUAUUCUCUUCUACUAAGAGAAGUUGUGAUGAAAUCACUUCUUACUUAAGAAGUGAUGGAUGGCCUGCAUUAGCCAUUCAUGGUGAUAAACAACAAAGUGAAAGAGAUUGGGUUUUAAACGAAUUCAAGAAUGGUAAAUCUCCUAUUAUGAUUGCAACUGAUGUUGCUGCUAGAGGUAUUGAUGUUAAAGGUAUAACAUAUGUUAUCAACUACGAUAUGCCAGGUAAUAUUGAAGAUUAUGUUCAUAGAAUUGGUAGAACUGGUAGAGGUGGUGCCACUGGUACUGCUGUAUCAUUCUUUACCGAUAAGAAUUUCAAAUUAGGUACUGAUUUAUGUAAAAUCAUGAGAGAAGCUAAACAAACUAUUCCACCAGAAUUACAAAGAUUUGACAGAGGUGGAUAUGGAUCUCAUAUCAGAUACGGUCAAGGACGUGGAGGACGUGGAGGUCGUGGAGGCCGUGGUGGUCGUGGAGGUCGUGGUGGAUAUGGUGGUGGUAGAUACCAAUCUGGAUCCAACACUGCUCCACUUUCCAACCGUCGUUUUUAAGGAUUAGAAUAUAGAGAAAUUAUUUAUUAUCGGUUGAUUUGUGCCACUUAGUAUAGUAUAGUGUAAAAUAGUUUAGAAUAGCUAAUAAUUAAUUUAUGCAAUAAUUGUGAGAA